GCUCAGAGGGACCGCUUGGCUUUGUCUCAUACUGGGUCAGUCUACGUGCUGGGACCCUGCUCCAGUCCCAGACGAACCGACAUGGCAACAAAGGUAUUUCAUAACUGGGUGCGGCCGCGUUAUAAAAGCCCUCAGAGAGACACCCUUAUUCUGAACCGCGCUCAUCUCAACACCUCGAUACGUGCCCAUCUAUGUGGUAGGUGCUGAGACGGUAUGGCUCAGGUCUGGGGCUCAGUGCUUCUCCUCCUUAUGGUCAUGCUUCCAGAUACAGUGCCAGAAAGGAUCAUUGGAGGCCAGGAGGUCAUGCCUCACUCCAUCAAGUAUCAGGCCUCCCUACAGUAUGACAGAAUGCAUUAUUGUGGAGGCACACUCAUUCACCAGCAAUGGGUGAUGUCUGCUGCCCACUGCUGGAGACCGAGCAGUGUCAUUCAGGUGGUUUUGAGCGCACAUAACUUGGUCUCUUCGGACGGCUCUGAGCAAGUGUUCAACGUUUCAAAAAUUAUAUACUACCCAACCUACAACCCCAAAACAUACAACAAUGACAUCAUGCUCCUCAAGCUCAGCCGGAUGGCCGUGCUGAACGCAUAUGUCCAGCCUGCUCCUCUCCAAGACGUGGACGUGCCCCCGCUGAGCGGUAGCGCCGUCUGCACCGUGAGCGGCUGGGGCGUCACCACCAUCUACACCUUCUACCUGUCGCCUGUGCUGCGUGCCGUAGACGUGGACUACAUCGCCAACUGCUGGCAAUACUACGGCUCCAGGGUCAACGACAACAUGAUGUGUGCCGGCUCACGCUACGGUGGCAAAGACUCCUGCCAGGGUGACUCAGGCGGACCGCUCGUGUGCAACAGCACGGUGGAGGGCAUCGUGUCCUGGGGAAUAGGCUGUGCCAACCCCUACUACCCUGGUGUCUACACCAAAGUGAGGAACUACGUGAGGUGGAUCAACAGUAUUAUUAGCGCCAACGACCCCUAAUCCUCAGAAAGCCCCCCGGGUGAAGGUAGGGAGCAUCGGUUCUGCAGAGAAGCAGGGUGGAACCGACACAAACGAUAAACCCACACUUCGUUUGACUCUUGGUCACUGCAGUGGGUCCCAACAACAUUUUAGAAGACGCUUAGAAUGAUCUCAGUGCAACAAAUAUACUUAGUGAGUCCAAACGUCUGGUGUGUGUUUGUAUGAUUAGCUUGUUACAGCUGCUGUCACAGUACUUCCUAAUACUUCCAAUCUGUUUUUGCUCCAUUCUUCUCCGCUGUAUGCAAUCCGUUUUGGUUUUCGAGAAGAUGCUUGCAACGGUGAAAAGGACCUAUUUCCACUUUCACUACUUUUACCACUUUUGAGUGUAAAAUUGUUUUUAGUUUGUAUGGUGUAAUUUCUCAUUAAAAAAAAAUAAACAAAU